AUGUCACACUUCAACUGGACUCUAGAUACCGGCACCAACUACCAUAUUCUGCGUACGGCUUGCUUUCCCUACAUGAAAUAUCACUGCAGCAAGCGGGAAGUGCAGGACUUGUCCUUAGAGGAUAAGUUCUUUCGUUUUCUAAAAGUAAUUAAUUUGGGUAUACCUAUGCUCUUCUACGGACUGGCAGCCAUACGUUUAAUUAGCCACACAGAAAUGGUACAAGUCAGUGAGUCGGUAAAGGUCCCAAUAUAUUUUCUGUAUGCCGAAGAUAAAGGUUCAAGAUUUUAAUUUUGAAUUUAGAGACCCCGAAUGUGUGUGAGUAUUAUGAAAGACUACAUUUGGGUUACUUUUCUACCCAAAUAUACAGAAAACAAAUAAAAAUGAUUUUAUUUCAUUUA